CCUCCAGUAAUCAGCCUUUUGCACCACUUAAUACUUAAAGGCCAUAUCUGUCGCGCCCAGUUAGCAUCCACAGCACACUUAAAAGUCAAGACAAAUACUACACACAGCACACAGAAUGAGAGUCCUAUUACUUUUACAUCCCACCGUGGUUACUGAGCCAGAGACCGUGGAAAACGUCAAGAAGUCGCUCUCUACCGAUGGAGCCGUCAUCGACCAACAAAUCAUAGACAGAGUCACCAAAGGAGCCGUGGAGCUUGACAAAAACGCAUACAACAAGGUGGUCUACAUUAACCCCAACCAAGACAAGACCAUCCCGGUGCUGAUGAUGAAGUUGAUCUACGAUACGUUGACUGACGAUGGUCAGUGCAGUGGUGACUUGCCCAGCGACCAGAACCUAGACGCGUUGAUGACGGGAUUUGUCGUUGACGAGAACAAGGCGUGGAUCAAGCCCAAGCCAGUCGAAACCGUGGUUUUGAAGAAGAAGUCUGGGCCUGCGUCCGGCUUGAAGAAGCUUCCUACGUUCAAAAAGCUCGUCAGCAGCCCUGUUGGCUUGACAGACACGUCAGCUCCAAACACCGACGACGAGGGGGAUCUCUCCAUGAAGAGAAAAUUGGAGCAGACAAAGUUGUCGUACUUCAGUGAGUCCGAGGAAGAAGACGACGACGAUAACGAAAACGAAUACGAAACUUACAACCCCAAAAUCAUCAACGAAAAUGACCUUAUCAAGGACAGCGACCCAUCCAACUUGAUAGUUCCAAGACCCUGUGAGUUGCCAAACGGCAAGAAAAGAAGAAAGGCGUGCAAAGACUGCACCUGUGGAUUGAAGGAGAUCGAAGAAAAGGAAGAAGCCAACCAGAGGCUGUUGCAGGACUCCAUAAUGGGCCAGACAGUGCAGUCUGCCACCUUGGAGGCCAUUAAGAUCGAAGAAAGACUCAAGCAAAAAGUCCAGUUCAGAGAUGAGGAGUUGGCCGAAAUCGACUUCACGGUAGAGGGUAAGACCGGAGGUUGUGGCUCGUGUGCGUUGGGUGAUGCCUUUAGGUGUGAUGGUUGUCCAUACUUGGGGUUGCCCCCAUUCAAGCCAGGAGAAGUUAUCACCAUUGAUAGUUUGGGCGAGGACUUUUAAUUCUACACCGUCAGCACACACAAUGCCGAAGUCGAGCCUUAUAGAGUCCCAUCGAAGGGGACGGGCAGGGAACUGACGUAUAUCCAAUAAAUAUUAGGUUAGCAUCUUCAGUGCAAUGUAGGCAACUUCCUAUCGUAAAUUCAUCAGAAAGAGUAAAGAAAAUUUAUUUCAAAGCUUAAAAUGGCCAUCUGUCAAGGGAAUGCGCCAGUGAUAGAAGACUAGGAGACGUCAUUAAAUAGUCGUGAGUCAGACAGGAG